CCUGUGUCUCUCCCGGGGCACAGGAUCGGGGGAUCCUCCCAGCAGGAUCGGGGAGCAGGGCUGGGCUCGGCGCACACUCAGGUGCCGCAGGAGCGCAGCGGGGACAGCGCCAGGUGUGUCCUGUCCCUUCCCCGGGCCCUUCCCUGCUGCCGGAGGGUGGGAAUGCAGCCAGGCACACCCAGCUCCGAGCCGUAAAACGAUCCCCGCGGUGCCCUUGGGCCAAGCCCAGCUUUUCUAACGGAUAAAAGGGGAAGGCAGCGGCAGCGCUCUCACUCCGCUGGCCUCCAGCGCAGCCUCUCGAGCUUCGCAGCAGCAAAGAGGCGCCCCCGGACCGUCGCUAGCAGCAGCAUGUCCCGCUCGGUGACCUUCAGCUCCCGCUCGGCCGCCGGGCCCGCGCUCAGCCAGGUGCGGGUCAGCACCGUGUCCUCCGGCCGCAGCUCGGGGCUCGGCCGCGCCGGCGGCUUCGGCAGCGCCAGCCUCUACAGCCUGGGCUCGGCCGGCAAGAGGGUCAGCCUGGCCGGGGGCAGCUCCUUCAGCGUCCGCUCGGGCUACGGCUAUGGGGGAGCCGGCUUGGGCAGCUUCAGCCCCGGCGGCAUCCAGGAGGUCACCGUCAACCAGAGCCUCCUGACGCCCCUCAACCUGGAGAUCGACCCCACUAUCCAGAGGGUCCGCAAGGAGGAGAAGGAGCAGAUCAAGACCCUCAACAACAAAUUCGCCUCCUUCAUUGACAAGGUGCGGUUCCUGGAGCAGCAGAACAAGAUGCUGGAGACCAAGUGGAGCCUGCUGCAGGAGCAGAAGACGACGCGCAGCAACAUCGCUCCCAUGUUCGAGACCUACAUCAGCAACCUGCGGCGGCAGCUGGACGGGCUCCUGGCCGACAAGGGGCGCCUCGAGGGAGAGCUCAAGAACAUGCAGGACCUCGUGGAGGACUUCAAGACCAAGUAUGAAGAUGAGAUCAACAAGCGCACGGCGGCCGAGAAUGAGUUUGUGGUGCUCAAGAAGGAUGUGGAUGCUGCCUACAUGAACAAAGUGGAGCUGGAGGCCAAGGUGGAUGCUCUGACAGAUGAGAUCAACUUCCUGAGGGCUUUCCACGAGGCGGAGCUGAACGAGCUGCAGGCCCAGAUCUCCGACACCUCGGUGAUUCUGUCCAUGGACAACAGCCGGAACCUGGACCUGGACAGCAUCAUCGCCGAGGUGAAGGCGCAGUACGAGGAGAUCGCCAACCGCAGCCGCGCUGAGGCCGAGUCCUGGUACCAGAGCAAGUAUGAGGCGCUGCAGGUGACAGCUGGCAAACACGGGGAUGACCUGAGGAACACCAAGAAUGAGAUCACAGAGAUCAACAGGGUCAUCCAGAGGAUCCAGGGCGAGAUCGAGAAUGCCAAGGCCCAGCGAGCGAAGCUGGAGGCGGCCGUGGCCGAGGCUGAGGAGCGCGGGGAGAUGGCCCUCAAGGACGCCAGGGCCAAGCUGGCCGACCUGGAGGAUGCCCUGCAGAAAGCCAAGGCUGACAUGGCCCGGCAGCUCCGGGAGUACCAGGAGCUCAUGAACGUCAAGCUGGCCCUGGACAUUGAGAUUGCGACCUACAGGAAGCUGCUGGAGGGCGAGGAGAGCAGGUUGGCUGGCGAUGGAGUUGGCAAUGUCAAUAUCUCCGUGGUCAGCUCCAGCGGUGGCGGUGGAUAUUCCAGCUCCAGCGGGCUCCUGGCAGCAGGGAUCGGAGGCCUCAGCCUGGGAUCAGGAAUGGGCAGCGGAGCCCUCGGCUUCUCCUCCGGGGGCUCCUCCAAGUCCUACACCAUCACCACCACCUCGUCCACCCGGAGAAGUGUCAGGAAGUAACUCUGAGAACGGAGCUCGGCAUUCCCAGCACCUGAGGGAAACCGUGGAAAGAAAAGCCUUGGAGCCUUUUGCAGGACGAAUUGGCUGCAAAACGCCUGCAGUGCUGAGGCCCUGCCCAUGCCCUGCCGGGGCUUGAUCCUGCACUCUUGGGGUUCAGCCAUUCCUCUGGGAGCAGGAUCAAGCCUGAGGGGUGAAAUUUACCCCGGGAUGCAGGUGGGGUAUCCCUGCUGUUACCCUUGUGCUUAGUACCCCCUGCUCCGAGCUGGAUUUCACCCUUGGAAAGGCAAAUCCCACAUUUCUGCUGUGCUUCUGCAAAAGACCAGAAGAUUCUAAAUCCCUUCUAAUAGGAUUUGGAAGACUCCAAUCCCUCAGGCUCCUUGGCCCCUGCUGAGGGCUCACCCAGGGUUGGGUUUUUUUAAAUAUACCAGGAAAAAAACAGGC